CACUCUUCCACUCUCUCCUCCCUCGUAGCACACAGCCAGCUAAAGUCUCCCUUUGCAAACCUACAAAUCAAUGAUUUAACGAGUUUAUCAACGUCUGCAGAUAAAGGAUUUCCACCAUGGCUUCUCGAGCAGGUCCCAGAGCAGCGGGCACAGACGGCAGUGACUUCCAGCAUCGAGAGCGGGUUGCCUCACAUUAUCAGAUGAGUGUUGCCUUGAAGUCUGAAAUCCGUAAACUCAACAUCGUCCAUGUGUUGAUCUGGGUGCUGAUGGCAGCUCAGGUGACAGUGAGCCAGCUGAGCCUAGUGUCCCAUAAGAUCGUCGCCUCUCCGUACCAGUGGGAGUACCCGUACCUCCUGAGCAUCAUCCCGACGGUCUUCAGCUUUUUGGCGUUGCCUAAAAACAACAUCAGCUACCUGGUCAUCUCCAUGAUCAGCGCCGGUCUCUUCUGCGUGGCCCCGCUGAUCUACGGCGCUAUGGAGAUGUUCCCCGUGGCUCAGCAGCUCUACCGGCACGGCAAAGCUUACCGCUUCAUCUUCGGCUUCUCGGCCGUGUCAGUCAUGUACCUGGUGAUCGUCAUCGCUGUGCAGGUGCACGCGUGGCAGAUCUACUACAGCAAGAAGCUGCUGGACCAGUGGUUCACCAGCACGCAGGACAAGAAGAAGAAAUAAGCUCAUCUCUGUUAGGGAAAGAGGAAUUUUGAAAACAAUCUCUGAACUGGUGGCCAACUGAGACCAAAAGAAGAGACUGCCAAAAGUUUUGAUGUCCUAUGUUGUCUUUUUCUAUAUUUAUAAUUCACGGUGAUAUCAUCAUGGUAACAAUUACCUGCAGAAAAUCAGUCCAUCCUGCUGCCAUUUUAUUAUUGAGAAUCAUGCACUGUAAAUGUUUCCUGUCUGUACCUUGAUUUUUCCAGGUACUUAAAGGCUAACUGGAAGAUGACUGUAACACAAAUGUCCAUGCUUUGGAGUUCAAAAGUAAAUUUAACUAUUAAAACCA